AGUUAAAAUCUAGCGAUUUACUUACACCGGGUACGCUUUUCGUUGGUGACGCAAAUAAGGACCAAGUUUGAUAAACAUAUAUAGCAACAGUUUCAUUUGUAAAAAAGUAUGAAAUAAACAUACCGGCUAAUUAAUUUAUACCAUUUUGAAUCAUAUUGUGAUAUUCUAUAUUGUUAUAUUUCAUAAUAAGGCGAAAUGAAUGGAUCAAAUGUAACUACAACGGAGUCAACUGUUGUACGAGCGAAAGAAAGUGGGUAUGAUUUACCUGUGUAUGGACUUGCGACUGGCUCGUUUUACUAUAUCCACAUUCCCGCGUUAUGCUGUAUCUUUCUCAGCUUCUGUAGCGUUGUCGCUGUUAUAAUAUUAUCGUUCAGGAGGAAAAGUUUCAGGAAAUUCUUCGUAGAUUGGUCCAAGAGCGAGCGUUUCAUUAUUUACCUUGCUUUGUGUGACGGCGGCUACAAUGUGUUCCAUAGCGUUGAUCAUUUGCACUAUGUUAUAUCUCAGGACCACGUUCAUCCUAAAGAACUUUGUGAGUUUUACGGUUUCACUUUGGCAGUGUGUAUCAUGGGACAAAAUCUGAUGGUGAAUAUAGUGGCAAUAAAUGCAUUUAUGUUAAUGUAUUUUGACAAGAACCUUGAUUUUGGGAAGCGGGAUUGGAAGCUGUUGUCAUGGACGUUUGGUUUGCCUUUCGUUGGUGCGACAAUUGCUGGAAUAGCAGGGCAGUUAGGACCAAAUGGAUCUUUUUGUUACUUUGACGGUGUGAAAGGCGUGACGGCAAACAUUUGUUUUACUACCGUUCCUUUACUCAUUAUAAUCGUCAUGAACAUCGUUAUGUACAUUUUAACAUGGAAACGUAUCAAAGACAAGACGAGAAGUCUCAGGAUGUCAAUGAGGCAAAGGAAAAGUUCAGGAAAAAAUCUUAGUAGUUCUCAGCGUGCUGCUAGGACCAUGUCAAUGUUUGUUGUGGCGUUUCUUAUCCAAUGGUGGUCUCUGGCGUUAUUUGGUGUAUGGGCACUGGUGGAUGCAGAUGUACCGCAGGCCAUUCACCAUUUUGUCACCACUUUUACGAAUAUCGGAGGCUGCUUGAAUCUAGGCAUUUAUUUGAUCAUGAGGUACAAAUUCCAAAAAUCAGACUCGGAGGAAACUCGGAGUGUGGGAAAUACGAUCGGGUCGAUCGAUCAGAGGACAGAUAACGGGGAAAACUCACAAACUGACGCAUCGCUGAAAGACUCUGAUCUUUAGAGUGUUCAUAUUUUGAAGCAAAUAAUGUUAUAUUAAUUAUUUAGAUUCUACAAUCAUAUCAACAGACAGAAUACUGUAUUAUCGUGUGUUGGUUUCUAUACUACAAUUUGCAUGCCUAGCAUAAAAGCCUAUUUGACUCUCAUAACCUAUUUUCUAUUUAAUGUUUACAGUGUUUUAGAGACUCCACAAUUGCUAAUCAUGUAUCAUUUUCAUAGCUUGUUGUUGCUAACUUUAUGUACAUUUUUGUAGAUUAUAAAAUAAUGCGUGAAAUGUUUGUGAUGUGAUAGGAAUUUAACGCCAGAUAAAGUCGUUCUGAAGGUAAUUUAACGUGAUGUAUGUUUAUCAUGUUUACCAAAAUAUGAUUUUAGUGGACAUACAUUUUAAUUUUUUUACAUGUAAUUUCAAAUUUCAAAUAUUUCAAAUAUUUUUAUUUGUAUUAUAUCAAAUGUAAAGUACAUGCUGUGUAUCUAUACACCACCAUAGCUUCCUGAUUUGAUAAAUUUGAAAUUAAUUGCUACGUAUUAUACGGUGCGUACUCAUAUAGAUUAUUAGUUAUAAAGAUCAUUGACAUUUUAUAUGGCCCUAUAUAAACGGCUAUUUGUAAAUAUAACCCGAGCCGUUAGGCGAGGGUUACAUUGAAAACAGCCGUUUAUAUACGGCCAUAUAACCUGUCAACAAUCUUUAUAACGAAUUUAUAAUACAGUAAGCAUCAGUUUUGGAGCAAAAAAGUAAAAAAAAAAAAACUUUAAACUUUACGAUUAUCCAAUGAAAAAUGACGUUACAAACGCGCAGUAUUAUAAAACCUCUGAAACAUUAAAAGCAUGUUUUUUUAUUUACAAAAAAGACUUGUAGCAAUUAUCAAUAUCUUCAAAUAUCAAACUUAUGCAUAGUAUAUCUUUAAAUGUUAAAGUUUUCUCUUUUUUGUUAUGUCUUCAAAAUGCUAUACAAUAUUGCGAUAAGUUACACCAAUCACCGCCUCGGCAUGUUCUGUGAAGUAAAUUUUUAUAAUAAAUGAACAAGUGGCUUGUUUAUGUAGACAUCAUAUAUAUUAUGUAUAAUGUUUCAAUUUACAUGUAUUAUCUUCAGCCAUAUUUCAAAAUCACAUGUGUCUUUAAUGAUAAGUAGUCAAACUGUAAUAAAUUUCGACCAAAAUACAGCUGUUUAAGUCAAUAUGGAAGAAAUGCGCAUAAAUUGUUUGCAACAUUUCAAAAGAAGCAAGUAGACCUACACGACUUGACCAACAGUGCGACAAUUUUGCUGUUACGUGUUCGAGAUCUCAAUCACUCGGCAUGUGCAUCAGUUAACAUUCACUUCAACAAUGUACAUACUUUUUGUUUAUGAAAAUGUUUGUGUUAAUAUAUCUUUUAGAAAUUAAACAAUACUUAUGUUAUA